CAGCAGGUUGCCUUCUCCUCUCCGCUCUUUCAAACCCUAGCUCCCGAAAUUUUGAAAGCAAUCAGAGAUCCAUCACAAGGUUUUCGUAACUUUUUGUCCCGCAGGAGGCGAGAUAAAGAAGGAGGAGGCGUGUUGAGGGGAGAUGGGCGGCGGCGGCGUAGAUCAUCACGCGCAUGGCGCGGAGGACUUCCGGACCAAGGUGUGGAGCAUGACGGGCGGGCCCUACUGCCGCCCCAAGCACUGGAAACGGAACACCGCCAUCGCCAUGUUCGGCAUCUUCCUCGUUUGCAUCCCCAUCGCCAUGAAGUCCGCCGAGCUUGAGCAACGGCCUCAUCAUCCAGUUCGUCCGAUACCUUCUCAGCUUUGGUGCAAAAACUUUGGUAAUAAAGAGUAUUGAAUUAUUAGUCCGGUGAAACUUCUAUGGUUCGGAUGCUGUCCCUUUUCAUGUGAUCUUUGUAUUAUGUGCAAUUCAGCACCUAAUGCUGGAAUAAGGAUGCAGUUAGUCAUACAUGAUGUGUUUAGUUAUGCUUGUUUUGCAUGACAAUAAAUGGAAGUACAUGCUUCAGUUAUUUGUGCUGAAAAAUUGUUGCUGGAGUUGGUUCGUUCAUUGGAGGUUGCAAGGGGGCAAAAGUCUCUACAUUCAUGCA